AUGACCCACUAUCUCACUCAAAUCAAGACGCUCGAGGAGCGUAUUCGCGGUACCAAUGUGAUUCUCGACGACGACAAGCAGACUCUUCUAUGUCUCGGCAUGACUCUCCCAGAACGAUUUCAAUAUUUCACCAAGAUAUGGGCUAUGACGCCGGGGAUGACUGCGGAUAAAGCGAGAAAUAUGCUUCUGGAGGAAGAGAGACGCGAAAAGACUUUGGACACUGGUACUGUGGGGGUGGGAUUGGUUGCGACAACAAGACAUCCGAGUAAGAGGACUCCUAGCGGAAAGGCUAUCGACAACGAUGUGGUAUGUCCUCGCUGUGGGAAGGGUCACGAAGCGGAUAUCUGUUGGAAGUUACACCCGGAGUUGGCCCCGGAAUGGCUACAAGAAAGGUGGACCAUUGAGAAAAGAUCUCGGAAGCGGAAAUAA